UUUGUCACUUGCUUGAAGGAGAGGGAAUACACAACAACAAUUAGAAUUCAUUGAGUUAACAUUUUUAAGAUUUAAAAGAAUCUCAUCUUCAAACCCACAAAUAAUUCUUUUCCCUUUUUUGAAGAAUGUUCUUUUCUCCUUGUCUUCAACCUAAAAAUCCUAUCUUUUUAUUUUAUUUUUUUAUGGCACCAUUUGAUUGCACCCUAAACACAGAGAAUCACAAGCCCCCUACGCCAUUGCCAAAAUAUCAAAAGAGAAAAGAAAAAGAAAAAACACUUUCACAAACCAACAAAAAAACCCCAUUUGGCCUCUAGGCCUAUAAAUUCUCCCACAGUUGUGUUCUUAUUUCAUAUUGUGAGGAGAAAAAUAUAGUAACAUUAUGGCUUCUUUGGUGGUAAAUCAUCAUAACGGUGAGUCGAUUGGUGAUGGAAUUGUAGAGGCAUUGAAGCAAAACCAUAAUUAUAUGAAGAGAUGCUUUGGUAAGUUUGUAGAGAAAGGGAAUAGGAGCUUGAAGAAGAAGGAAUUAAUGGAGGAAAUGGAGCUUGUUAUAGAUGAUAAGAUAGAAAGGAAUAGGGUUAUGGAGGGUGUCCUUGGUCAUAUGUUGACUUCAACUCAGGUGGCGAUUGUGAUUCCACCAUAUGUUGCAUUUGCAAUAAGACCAGAACCAGGAUGUUGGGAAUAUGUUAAAGUUAGUUCUCUUGAUCUUUCACUCCAAUCUCUCACUUCAACUGAAUUUCUCAAAUUGAAGGAGAUGAUUUACGACGAAGAAUGGGCAAAUGAUGAAAAUGCUUUGGAAGUGGAUUUCGGAGCAAUUGAAUUUACAACUCCUCGGUUAAGCCUUCCAUCUUCAAUUGGAGAUGGACUUAGUUAUACUACAAAGUUUCUCACCUCAAAGCUGAGUGGGAAGUCGGAGAAUUUACAACCUCUUGUAGAUUACUUGUUGUCCCUUGAUUAUCAAGGAGAGAAACUUAUGAUCAAUGAAACUCUAAGCACAGCUUCCAAACUCCAAAUGACAUUAAUUCUUGCUGAUAUUUUCCUCUCUGUUCUUCCUCCAGACACCCCAUAUGAUGACUUCCAUCUCAAAUUCAAGCAAUGGGGAUUUGAGAGAGGAUGGGGAGAUUGUGCUGGAAGAGUAAAGGAAACAAUAAGAUGUUUAUCUGAAAUAUUCCAAGCCUAUGAUCCAAUCCAAAUGGAGAAGUUCUUCAGCAGGCUUCCUACUAUUUUCAAUGUUGUCAUUUUGUCUCCUCAUGGAUACUUUGGCCAAGCUGGUGUUCUUGGUUUGCCCGACACCGGAGGUCAGGUUGUGUACAUACUCGAUCAAGUUAAAGCUAUGGAAGAAGAACUUCUGCUCAGAAUUAAGCAACAAGGCCUCAAUUUCAAGCCUCAAAUUAUUAUUAUUACAAGACUUAUUCCAGAUGCGAAGGGGACUAAGUGCAACCAAGAAAUAGAACCUGUCAUUGGGACUACUUACUCCAAGAUUGUUAGGGUGCCCUUCAAGACUGAAAAUGGCACCCUUCAUCGUUGGGUUUCUCGUUUCGACAUUUAUCCUUAUCUCGAGAAAUUUGCACAAGAUGCGAGCGACAAAAUAUUAGAGCUCAUGGAAGCAAAGCCAGAUCUAAUCAUUGGAAACUACACAGAUGGAAAUCUUGUGGCAUCUCUCAUGGCCAGCAGAUUAGGAGUAACCCAAGGAACUAUUGCACAUGCCUUGGAGAAGACAAAGUAUGAAGAUUCAGAUCUUAAAUGGAAGGAAUUGGACUCCAAGUACCAUUUUUCUUGUCAAUUUACUGCUGAUAUUCUUGCUAUGAAUGCGACUGAUUUUGUCAUCGCAAGCACUUUCCAAGAGAUUGCAGGAAGCAAAGAAAAGCCAGGCCAAUAUGAAAGCCACGAGGCAUUUACGCUUCCAGGACUGUGUCGUUUCGUGUCGGGCAUCAAUGUGUUUGAUCCUAAGUUCAACAUUGCAGCACCAGGGGCUGAUCAGUCUGUCUAUUUUCCUUACACGACCAAAGAACUUCGAUUUGCAUCGUUUCAACCUGCCAUUGAAGAACUUCUUUUUAGCAAAGUUGAGAACGAUGAGCAUAUAGGAUAUCUGGCCGAUAGGAAAAAGCCGAUCAUCUUUUCAAUGGCACGGCUUGAUGUUGUCAAGAACAUUACCGGGUUGGUCGAAUGGUUUGGGAAGAAUGAGAAGCUGAGAAAUUUGGUGAAUCUUGUUGUGGUUGGAGGAUUUUUUGAUCCUUCCAAAUCAAAGGACAGAGAAGAAAUGGCAGAGAUAAGAAAGAUGCAUGAAUUAAUUGACAAAUACCAACUCAAAGGUCAGAUCAGGUGGAUAGCAGCACAGACUGAUCGCCGUCGUAAUGGAGAACUCUACCGCUGCAUUGCUGACACAAAAGGAGCCUUUGUGCAGCCUGCUCUCUAUGAAGCUUUUGGUCUCACAGUCAUUGAGGCAAUGAAUUGUGGUCUACCAACCUUUGCUACGAACCAAGGGGGUCCAGCUGAGAUCAUUGUUGAUGGGGUCUCUGGCUUCCAAAUUGAUCCCAACAAUGGCACUGAAUCAAGCCAAAAGAUUGCUAACUUUUUUGAGAAAUGCAAGAAUGAUCCAACCUACUGGAACGAAAUUUCGAAUCACGGUCUUCAACGUAUCAAUGAAUGUUACACAUGGAAAAUCUAUGCAAAAAAGGUGCUAAAUAUGGGAAGCACUUACAGUUUUUGGAAGCAAGUGAACAAAAACCAAAAGCAGGCAAAGGACAGAUACAUCCAAAUGUUCUACAAUCUACUUUUUAAGAACUUGGUGAAAAACGUGCCAAUCGUGGUCCACGAAGAUUCACAUCCAGAAAAUCCACGGUUACCACAAGUCUCGAAGCGCACCCAAUCUCGGAUUCAAAAGCUUGAGUAUGACUUCGACAUCAACUAACGGACCCAUGUACAAGAUUGAUCCUUUUCAUCAUUUUCAUGCUUUAGUAAGCUCUUUAUCUCAUUUAGAAAAUACUAUGCGUCAUAUUAAUGCUAAACUCAAACAAGAUCAGUUAACCUUAUUGAGAAAAACAAAGUUUGGCCACUUUUUGGAUCUUAAUAUUGUCUUUAAUGAGCCUCUGAUCCACUACUUAUUGUUAAGGGAGGUGGAAGAAGAAGGGAAGGAUCAUAUAAGUUUUUUGAUAGGGGGGAGUUGUGUGUACUUUCGAUAGGAGAGAGUUUAACAUCAUAACGGGUCUAUGAAGUUCUCCAACAGAGUCUAUUGAUCAAUUGAAUGAGAAUAUAGAUUGUUGGACAAGUUCUUCAAAGAAAAAGAGUCUAUUUAUGUAAGUGACUUAGAGAACACAUUUAUGGAAUACGAGGGAGAUGACGAUGACAUAGUUAAAUUAGCUUUAGUGUACUUUAUAGAGCCGUCAUUGUUAGGAAAAGAUAGGUAGACCAAAGUGGACCAAAAUUUAUUGAGGACUGUAGAUGAUUGGAACACAUUACAAUUCUUUAAGGUUGAGGAAUCAAAAGACAUCUUGUCGCAAGCCCACCUCUUUUGACCUCUACGUAAUCCUCCAAGGACAAGCCACUCAAACUCCUAGCAAGCCCAAAUCGCCAACACUCCCCACUAACAACACUUACAGGCAAAGCUUAUUCGCGUAUUCCGAACCUUAGCAAAUUCGACGAUGCGUUAUGACCCAGUAGGAAAAGUGAGGAUAACUCCACCAAAACCAUCUUCACAGAAACUCCUUUACUACCGUAAUCCUCAAAGGAUAUGCAUAUUUUUCGAUCAAUUUAUCUCUUUUUGCCUAAUUCGAACAAUUCAACAAUUCAAAUUAUUCCAACAUAUUGUUCUAAGUUAAUUCUAUAUGAGCUAGCAGGAGAACUUAAUGGACCUAUAGAUCAUGGACUUCAACAAUAUGAGAUUAACUAGUUAAACCCUUUUAGAUUAAGCUAAUAAUCAUUUGUUAACUAACGAGUCAUUCCACUAAAGUCCCGUAGUUGCACUCCCCUCACCCGUAAUUUCGCUGUGCAUGUAUUGCAUUCAAUCAAUAACGCGAGAUGAAAUCAGGCGAGGAGAGUUAAGUAUUUUGAGAAAAUGUUUAAUCUUGAUUUAACGGCUAAAUACAUGUGUUUGAUUUAGAUUAAGCAUGGUAUGGAAUGCUAAGUGACACAUGUAGAGUUCUAAGUAGAAGUGGCAAGCUAAAAGAAGCUUAAGGAUGACUAAUCUGAUUAAGGAUGAGUAUAAAUAGAAUUGAAGGAUUUUAAGAAAGUGUUGUUAUUUUGAGUUUUGCUAAGAGAAAGUACACUAAGGAAGUAAUUAAGCAAGAAGAAUGUGAGUAUAAAUAGUGUUUUAGCAUUCUACCAGAUUCUUUAUAUUGUUAUGAAAUGUUUAACACGUACUAUAGUGUUGUUGAUAUUUAUACUUGAUUAUUGAAAAGAUAAUUUCUAAGCUAAUGUGUCAUGUUUGAUGGUUGUAUGUAUAUAUAUGAGUAAAUCAUUAACGUUAUUCCUAUCAGUGAGCUAGCUAUUAUGUACACAUAAUGAGUAAAGGCAACCUAGGGGAACAAGGACCACAUGGCGGUAAGACCAAUGUGUUGAAAUGAGCGUAUUGAGUUAGCAACAUGAGCAACGAGAAAUGAACCGAGAAAUUCUCCAAGGGAUGUUGGUGAAAUGAAUCUCAAUAGUCUAUGUGUGGAAGUGGUUCAUGUUCUUGGUGAAAGGAAUAAGUAAAGACCAAUGUGUGAUUUAUGAUUCUGAGGUGUUAAGAGCCUAUUUAUGAAAAUAAAUUUGUUGAUUUUAUUGUA